CAAAAAGUAUAUGAAAAGAUCAUAGAAGUAGAGAAAGUAAUCUAGAAAUUCUAAGAAUUCUGAUGAUAUUACUGAGCCUCAUUCAAAACUAUUACUGGAACGUUUCCCAUAUUCUAUAAAAGACCUUUAAUUUAGAGAAGUUCCUACUUUGCACGUUAACUAAGACUUUUUUUUGGAUCCUUUUAAGACAAUAGAUGAUCUUUAUGCCAAAGGGUAUGAGAAAUUUGGAAUAGUGAAAUUGCUUUUGCCUUCUGAGUUAAUAGUUCCAGAAAAAAAGUUCUUUAGUGAUUUGGAGAUGAAGUUAAAGGGAAAGAAAGUGGAGACAAGAGUUUAGACUUUGAAUUAACUAUAAGCAGGGGAAGUAAGUGCGUUUUUUUAGAUUAGAUAUUUGGUUCGAAUAUUGUUGGUUUCACUUUACAAGAGUAUAUGAGCUAUGCCAACAAAUUUGAAUGUAGUUACAAGUUAUAGGGAGCAAGGGAAGUUUCAAAUCAAAUCAGAUAGAAUGAGAUAGAAUUCUGGUCAAUAGUUGACUUCCCAGAUAGAUAUGAUGAAGUGGAGGUAGAGUAUGCAGCAGAUUUAUUGGCUACCAAAUAUGCCACAGGUUUCUAAGAUGGUUAAUUGGGAAAUUUGAGUACCAUUAACAAGAAUUGCAAUUCUAUCUUCUAAGUUCUCUAAGAGAAGAAUGAGAUGAGUGGAAUUUCAGUACCUUGGCUUUAUUUGGGAAUGAAGUAUGCUAAUUUCUGUUGGCAUAAGGAAGACUUGAAUUUAAAUUCUUUAAACUACAUGCAUGCAGGAGCUCCAAAAACAUGGUAUGAAUAUAUAUUGUAACAUUAGGUAUGCGAUACCUCCAUCACAUAGUGAAAAGUUUUUACAAUAUUUCAAUAAGAAGUAUGAGAAAGAAAGAAUACAUAACCCUCGUCUUUUAUAUGACAUAGUAUGUCAGAUUUCACCUAUUGAAUUAGCUGAACAAUAAAUUUCAAUUAUCAGAACAGAAUAGCAUCCUGGUGAACUUAUUAUCACAUUAGGUGCUACUUAUCAUGCUGGAUUCUCACAUGGUAUUUUAUUAAAUAUAAAAAAAUAAUAGGAUUCAAUUGUAGUGAAGCUGUCAAUGUUGCUCCAACAUAAUGGCUUGAUGAAUAUGAUCGUGCUUCAACUGAAUAUCGUAUGGAUGGUAACUACAAAAAAGUAAUCUUUAAUUUAAAUUUAUAUAAAGGUUAGUUUUCCAUUGGAGUGGCUGUUAACUAAAGUUGUUCUUAUGGCAGAUCAAGUUAAAUUUACUAAAUAAUCAUGGAUAAAGGUAUAUUUAUUUAUUGAUUACUUUUUUAUAGUUAUCUGAUAAGUUUAAAAUGAUGAUCCAAUCUGAAAUUGAUAAUCGAAAUAGCAUUAUAGCUCUUUAUGAAUAGGUUAAGAUAGUUGAGUUUGCAAAUAAAUUAGAAAAGUAUGAUAGAAAUGUAUGUAAAAUCUGUUCCAAUUAUAUGUUCUUUAGUUAUAUUUUCUGUGGAAAGUAAAUCUUAUUUUUGAUUAUCAUAGAUGUUUAAAAAAGGGAUGCAUUGCUCAUCAGAGUGUUUGUGCAUGUUCAAAUCCUAAAAUUUCCCUCUAUAUUCGAUAUAAUAGUGAGGAAUUAUAAACAAUGCUUACAACUUUAGAAUCAAAGGCUAAUUCAAAAACGGUGUAGUGAU